AGAGACUUGAGUGAGCCUCUCUGAGUCCUUGCCUUCAUUCUUGCUUGUGAGGUUGUUUCUUUAACUGUUUUUUGAUAAAAAAUCUUAAUUUAUUAGUUUAGCCACCUUAUUCUUUCAUCUUAUGAUAAUUAUUUGACUUAUGGAUAUCUUGGUCACUAUCUAGUGCUCUAAAUUUUACCUGGUCUUGCCUGUAGCUCAUCCCAACUACGUUUUUAACUUCAGGUGUGGGUGAGUUUGUUGCCUGCUUCUUUCUAUUCUCAGGUAAAUACACAAUCAGGUUCAUCAAUAAGGAACCCUCUUCACAUCAACCAUGGAUCUACAAAAUACAAUAUUAUCCAAGUUAACCUCUGGAAUGCCUUCUCCUAUGCGCCUUCGAGAUCUUAUUCGGCAAAUAAGAGCAGCUAGAACAGCAGCAGAGGAAAGAGCUGUCAUUCAAAAAGAGUGCGCUUAUAUCCGAUCAACUUUCCGUGAAGAAGACAGUGUUUGGCGUUGCAGAAAUGUGGCUAAAUUGUUAUAUAUUCAUAUGUUAGGGUAUCCAGCUCAUUUCGGUCAGCUGGAAUGUUUGAAAUUGAUAGCUUCACCAAGAUUCACUGAUAAACGAAUUGGUUAUUUGGGAGCCAUGCUUCUGUUGGAUGAAAGACAAGAUGUUCACCUUUUAAUAACCAACUCCCUAAAAAAUGACCUCAACAGUCAAAUUCAAUAUGUGGUAGGACUUGCAUUGUGUGCUUUAGGGACAAUAUGCUCUCCAGAAAUGAGCAGAGAUCUUGCUGGUGAAGUUGAACGCCUUAUGAAAUCUUCUAAUGCAUACAUCAAGAAAAAGGCAGCCCUAUGUGCAGCCCGUAUAAUUCGCAAGAUUCCAGACUUUAUGGAAAUGUUUCUUCCAGCAUCACGGACUCUUUUGACAGAAAAAAAUCAUGCUGUCUUAAUUACCGGUAUCACUCUCAUUAUCGAAAUGUGUGAACGAAGUCAAGAGACUCUCUGUUAUUUCAAAAAGAUGGUACCGAAUUUGGUUCGUAUAUUGAAAAACUUAAUCAUGGCCGGUUACUCUCCAGAACAUGAUGUAUGUGGUGUUAGUGACCCUUUUCUUCAAGUCAAGAUUCUUCGCUUGCUCAGACUUCUUGGACAUAAUGAUCCGGAAGCAAGUGAAGCUAUGAACGACAUUCUUGCUCAGGUUGCAACCAAUACUGAAAGUACUAAAAACGUAGGAAAUGCAAUAUUAUAUGAAACAGUCAUCUCUAUCAUGGAUAUCAAGUCAGAAAGUGGUCUACGUGUAUUAGGAAUCAAUAUUCUUGGCCGAUUUCUGUUAAACACCGACAAGAAUAUUCGAUAUGUGGCAUUAACUACGUUACUUAAAACUGUUCAAGCUGAUUACAAUGCCGUUCAAAGACACCGUACCACAAUUGUUGAAUGUUUAAAAGAUCCUGAUGUUUCUAUAAGAAAAAAAGCCAUGGAAUUGUGUUUCGCUCUUAUUAAUGGAAAUAAUAUACGAUCUAUGACAACAGAGCUGAUAUCUUUCCUUGAAAAAGCCGAUCCUGAAUUUAAAUCUGUGUGUUCAUCCAAUUUGUGCAUUUGUGCCGAUAAAUAUGCUCCGUGUUCAAAAUGGCAUAUUGAUACUAUGUUAAGAGUUUUACAAACGGCUGGUAAUUAUGUUCGUGAUGAUGUUGUAGGUAAUUUAAUUCAACUCAUUUCAGAAACAACAUCUCUUCAUGCCUAUGCUGUGCAGCAAUGUUGGAAACAUAUAGCUGAUGAUCUGCCAUCCAAACAACCAUUGAUUCAAGUCGCAAUGUGGACCAUUGGUGAAUAUGCAGAUUUAUUGAAUGAAGUUUGUCUAGAAUCUGGCGAUGAUUCAACUGAACCAUUGAAUGUUCAAUCGGAUGAAAUAGUUUCAAUAUGUGAAGAAAUAACUUCUUCAAGUUUAAUGUCCAUUGUAACUAAAGAGUAUACAAUUAAUACAUUGAUAAAACUAAGUGCAAGGUAUCCUAAUUGUGCCCCUAAGAUAAAGUCAAUCGUUGACGCAUUUGGAUGUCAUAUGAAUGUUGAAUUGCAACAAAGAUCAGUAGAGUUCUCAACCAUAUUUACUAAAUAUAAUCAACUUCGACUUAGUUUGCUUGAAAAGAUGCCUCCAAUGAAAUCAAGAGAUGAAAAAAGAGACAAUUUACAAAAUGGUCAGUUAGUGGAAGAUGACUUUAUGGAAUCAUUAUCUAAGCCUGAUUUAAAUUCAACUGGUGAGGUUAAAAGUGAUAAUCAAGCAUCAAGUGCAGCACUAUUGGAUCUCCUUAGUACUGUUGAAACAAGUUCAUCUCCGAUCCCACCGUUAAACCCUGUGCAAAAUUCAACAAAUAAUAAUAGCGCGAUCGAUGAUCUCCUUGGACUGAUAAAUAUUGAGCCUGAAACAAACAGUAAUAAUGGAACUUCAGUCGCCAAUAAUUCUCUGGCAAUUACAGAAGAUAAUGAUUCUAGUAGCUUAAAAUACAAAUCUCUGAUUGAAUCAAAUCUAUUUGACGGAUUAAAUUCUUUGGAUUCACCAAUUCCACAAAUAACACCAUCGAUUCCAAGUCUAGAAGCUUAUGAUGAAAAUGGAUUAAAAUUAAUUUAUGAAUUUGAAAAAAAUGGUACUGAGCCAAAAACCCUUAUUAUCAGAAUGAAAGCUUCAAAUAGUUAUGACAAACCAAUGUCAGAUUUCCUGUUUCAAGCUGCUGUUCCAAAGACAUUCCAACUACAGCUGUUACCUCCGACAAGCACCACAAUUCCAGCCAAUAAUUCAGGUUAUGUUGAACAAAUCUUGAAGGUGACAAAUCCUAAUAAACUUCAAUUAAGAAUGAGAAUACGUUUAUCGUAUGUUUAUGAUGGUCAAAAAAUUUUAGAGCAAAAGGAUGUCAAUAAUUUCCCAGCUGAAACAUGGGACUCUUGAUAAGGAUUCAAAUGGUCUGGCAAUUACAGCAACCAAUAGGAGAAAUCUAAGCUAAAUCAAUUUAAUCAAAUGUUUUUGGAAUCUGUUGGAACUAAUAGAUUGGAAAUCUUAUAAAGACCAUAAUUUUAGCUUUCAUAUUUUGAAAUUUCUUCAAUCAAUUAGAUUAUUUUCUGCUCAUUUUUUCCAAUUUUUACUCCAUAAUCAUAAGAACUCUUUAUUGUGUUAUGUCCCUAAAUCUCUUCCUCUUUUCACUCAAAGCAAUUGUAAAUUCGAGAACGUUGUCUCAAGACCUAAUAAUUUUUUAGACUCUUGUUUAGAUCAUCUUUAAAACAAGAUGAGGAUUGAAAUAAAAUAUAUGAGGAUGACUAUAAAAAUCAAAAAGGUAUA